ACUUUCAGUGUCUCAUUCCGCCACGGUCAGUCCUGCCGGUCGGAGUACCUUUACAGUAGCUCCGUAAUAAUAUUUUCAUUUACAAACUAAAUUGAAAGUGUUAUUUGGUAAAAACACUUUUAUUUAUUCAACGUUGACUUAAGCUUACCGUCGGUACGAAAUUUAAAUUCGUUUAAAAAAGAAAAGCUAAGUUUUAGUUUAGGCUCUGCCGAUAGUGCUAACAAAGAAAAUCGUUUCUCUUCAGAAGUAAUCCCUCGACCUUCUUUAGUUAUGAGUCAUGUGGUCGUUGAUAAUCCACACGGUCUAGAUCAGCAGCUUGCUGCCCUAGACUUAAACUCUGCUGACGGACAAGGCGGCGGAACUGGCAGGCGUUACAUUCCACCUCAUUUAAGGAACAAAGAUGCUGCCAGAAACGCAGGAAAUGCUUUUUCCACUGGUAGACAGUGCGGUUAUUCAAUGGCACCAGUAAAUUUCUGUUACCCAGGACUGGCCUCUCAGGAGCUUGCCUUUUACCAUGCCUACAGUGAUGCACCUGGAUGGGACGGCGGCCGCACCAAUGGAUUUGUGAAUGGUUACCACGACAAUCGUGCAAACGGGGGCUUUGGUGGACGUGGAUCCUCUCGCAAUGAUAGAGCUUUUGGUGGUUAUGAGAACAAGGAGGGAGGCUGGGGAGGAGCAUCCAGAGACUCCUACAACAGCUUUGGAGGACGCAACGACAGGUCCAAGUCGUCCUUCUUCAACGACAGAGGAUCAGGCUCAAGAGGAAGAUACGAGCGUGGGGGCUUCAGCGGGGGAGGAAGUAGCCGCUGGGGGGAAGACUCCAGAGAAGACGACUGGUCCAAACCUACCGCUCCCAAUGAGCGCUUGGAACAUGAACUUUUCUCUGCAAGCAACACUGGAAUAAACUUUGAGAAAUACGAUGAUAUUCCUGUGGAGGCUACUGGAAGCAACUGCCCACCCCACAUUGAGAGUUUCCAUGAUGUGGACAUGGGGGAGAUCAUCAUGGGCAACAUCACGUUGAGCCGUUACACUCGGCCCACUCCGGUCCAGAAGCACGCUAUCCCAAUCAUCAAGACCAAGAGAGACUUGAUGGCCUGCGCUCAGACCGGUUCUGGAAAGACAGCUGCGUUCUUGCUGCCAGUGCUGAGUCAGAUCUACACCGACGGACCAGGAGAUGCACUGCAAGCUGCAAAGAACAGCGGACAGGACAAUGGCCGUUACGGACGCCGUAAACAAUACCCCCUUUCCCUGGUUCUGGCUCCAACCAGAGAGCUGGCUCUGCAGAUCUAUGAUGAGGCCAGGAAGUUUGCAUACCGCUCUCGUGUGCGUCCCUGCGUGGUUUACGGAGGUGCCGACAUAGGGCAGCAGAUCAGGGAACUGGAGAGGGGCUGCCACCUACUGGUGGCCACACCUGGACGUUUGGUUGAUAUGAUGGAAAGAGGCAAGAUCGGCCUGGACUACUGCAACUACCUUGUUCUGGAUGAGGCUGACCGCAUGUUGGACAUGGGGUUUGAGCCACAGAUCAGACGUAUUGUGGAGCAGGACACCAUGCCGCCUAAAGGCAUCCGACAAACCAUGAUGUUCAGCGCCACUUUCCCCAAAGAGAUUCAGAUUCUGGCUCGUGACUUCCUGGAGGAUUACAUUUUCCUGGCGGUGGGUCGUGUUGGGUCCACUUCAGAAAACAUCACCCAGAAGGUGGUUUGGGUCGAGGAGACGGAUAAGCGCUCAUUUCUCCUGGAUCUGCUCAAUGCAACAGUUAUUCCAAGUGAGGUUCAGGAAAAUAUCACAGAGACUCCAGAGAAAAUGGGCAAAGACUCCUUGACUCUGGUCUUUGUGGAAACGAAGAAAGGAGCUGAUGCUCUGGAGGACUUCCUGUACCGUGAAGGUUAUGCCUGCACCAGCAUCCAUGGCGACCGCUCCCAGCGGGACAGAGAGGAGGCUCUGCAUCAGUUCCGCUCCGGACGUUGCCCCAUCCUAGUGGCUACAGCUGUGGCUGCUCGAGGUCUGGAUAUAAGCAACGUGAAACAUGUCAUCAACUUUGACCUGCCCAGUGACAUUGAGGAGUACGUUCACCGUAUUGGCCGUACGGGACGUGUGGGCAACCUUGGUCUGGCCACGUCGUUCUUCAACGACAAAAACAGCAACAUAACCAAAGAUUUGCUUGACAUCUUGGUCGAGGCCAAGCAGGAGGUUCCCUCCUGGCUUGAAAGCUUGGCCUAUGAGCACCAGCACAAGAGCACCAACCGAGGCCGGAAGAGGUUCUCUGGUGGCUUUGGAGCCAGAGAUUACCGUCAGACACCCGGCGGCGCUGGAGGCUUCAACAGCAACCGUUCAGGGCGCAGCACUGGAGGCCAUGGAGGGAACCGCGGCUUUGGAGGUGGCUUUGGUGGAAACUUCUACAGCAACGAUGGCUACGGAGGAAACUACAGCCACACCGGUAGUGUGGAUUGGUGGGGGAACUAGUCAGCAUAGGAAUAGGUUGUCAUGCCAACCCAAUGGAAACCACAUGUUAACUUAAGCCAGACCAUAACAAUCCUCCCUGUGUAGCUUCACUGACACACAGUACAUUACCAGCCCUGGAUCUCUGCCAUUCGCUUCACACAUAAAGGAAGUGCAGCACUGCACGAAGGAACUCACCAGCACGUGCACGGCACCGGAGACCGCAGAGAUUCGCACUCCUCAGAGCGAGCAUGGACGCUGACAUGCUUCGCCCGGCAGCAACCUCGGGCGUUCGUCGUUUCAAAGUCUUUUUUUUCUUUUUGUGGGGAUUAAAAAGCCCGACUGAUUAAUCUGAGGAUCAUUCGUUUGUUAAUGUACUGUGCCUUUUGAAUUCAAACAGGAAAUCUGUGCUUUCAUUUCACCAAAUGAACAUGGCCAAGAUUUCUAAAUUUGUUUUUACUAUUUGUUUGGAAAAUCCAGUGAAGGGUUAAAAAAAAGCUUUGAUCUUAAUCAAACCUUGGCAAAAACUUUGGUGUUGAGACUCUCAAGUCACAAUUCCAUUUGAACCUCAAAUUUAUUGCAGGAACAUCAUGUAGCCUUUUCUAUUGUCAGACAGCUAAUGGAGCCAUUACUGUAUUUCUAAGAAACUAGGCCACUGUGUGAAGCAACUGUGUUAAACCCGAAGGGACAAAGUUACUUUAUUGUUUUUGUUUGCUCACUCUAUCCUGACAGGCUCCUUUUCUGGAUAUGGUCGUCUUUGAAAAAAAAAAAAAAAGCCAUUCCUGUUGUAAUCUUAAAAAAAAGAAUCACCCAAGUCAUUAAGCUCGGUGCCAACCAUCACUGAGGUAGAAACGGAUUAACCGAUGCUGGAACUCGUUACUCCACUCUUACUGAUUGACUAACUAACCAGUGUUACGGCAGCUAGUAUGUUACCAAGUGCUAGCUACAUGAAGUGGGCGGUGUUUUUUGUUUUUUACUUGAGACAUUUUCAGUGCAGGCAUAUGUGAAUCUGAAAGUUUCACCUAAAUCGAGCAUCAAAUCGACGCCUGCAGCCUGAAGUUUGGUUCGGACCACAGCGUUGGGAGGGCGUGGCGUCGUUGGGGGGCGUGCAGCUGGAAAGCCUGCAUGGUAUUUUACGCUUGCAAGUGUUUUGUUUUUUGGUCAAGGAGAAAAGACGUGAAAUGAGUCGCUGGCUUAACUUGAUUACAAACGUUUUCUCUUUUUCAAGCUGCGUUGGGAGUUGUGCUUCAUCCUUAAAAAGACUGAUCACUGAAAUUUUCAAUUCAUGGAAGAAAACUGGGCGGGGCUUAGCGGCACCCCGACUUGUAGGAGGGGAUGGGGGCAGGCGUGGGGCGCAGUUUUUCUUUGUUUUCUUUUCAGUGCACCAUCAAGUGGCUAUUGCUGCACAGCCGGACUUUGGCUGCAGCCAAAGAGUAGGGGGUGGGGGGGUGUUUCCAAGACUCCUGUAUGGAACGUUCAAGUACUGUCAGGCCUUCUGAGACCUCAUCUGCUCAGACUAUUCAAAUCAGGGGAUGGAAAAACCUGCAGUUUGGUGACUCUAGGGGAGGGGGGGAAGAGCCGUGGGGGGUUUUGCCACAAAAACGCUCCCAUUGCUCUCCGGGGGUGCGACGUGCCUUGAAACUUAUCCUUUUGUUUAACAAAUUGAGCUAACAGCAGAUGCACUGACAGUCUGGAGAACUUGAUCGAUCGAAUGGUGCUACUUGAGUUGGGUGUGUAGGCCCGCGUACGUCUUGCCCGUGGAGUUUUACAGAAGUUGUUUUAUUGCACAUCUAGAGUUUUAUAUAGAUGUCUUGGAUAUGUGUCCUUAUGCUUCCAAAUAUUGUGUGUGAGGACGUUUGUGGAAAAACAAAACGCAGCUUGUUUACAAAGGGGAAGGGUCGUCAAAGUUUAAAAACCAGGAUUUAUUUGGGACCAGGGGAUUUAGCAGUUUUGGGGGGAAUUUAGCCAUUUGCACAGAUUUCUAGAUUCAACUUUUGCUGCUAGUUUUGUGUAAUUUAUUAAGCAUUUUUGACAAAUAUUUAUUUUUGUAAGCCUCAAAGUGAUUCUUUGAAAGUUUGAGAAACUUGACCAAAAGACAGUACAAAAAAAACACUGGCACUUGAAUGUUGAAUGUCACCUGUAUGCGUGAAAUUUAUAUAUUUCGGGGUAGUGUGAGCUUUUUAAUGUUAAGAUUCAUCGAUAAAUAAUAUCCACAGCUGUUUCAGGGCCAGUCAUCUAAUAGAAUUUGCCAAUUGGUUAUCAAAAUUUGAAAUGGAAUUCAACAAACAUGCCAAGGUUUGGAAUAAAGCUGUCAAAAAGCAAACAAAUUUCCUGAGCACAAAUGUUGCAGAAAUGUUCAGAUUGCCCAACUUGUGUGCAUUCUUAGUUGAGUCUGAUUUGACCUAAUUUUCUCUAGUCAAUGUCUGGCACAUGGCAAUCCUUAAAGAAACAUGUGGUUUGUUCUCAUUGUUGUAUUUUUGCAUAUAAUCUGCGGGUUCUCCUGAAGUGUGGAGCACGUCUGCAGCUGGCUCGGCCCCCUCGCACAGCUGUCGGGGGGGAGCGCUCCUCUGCACAACUGCCGACGUGUUUGCGCGUCUUUGGAGAACGCAGGAGUUCUUUAGAUGUAGACUUUGCUUUUCUGUAUUAGCACCUAGGCUACUGCACUGCAUGGGAAAUACUCAGCUGUGCAUAUGUAUGAUUUUUACCAAAAUAAAAUGUUUGAAAGUUUUUUUUGGGGGGGGUCAAGCAUGUUUCAUGAAGGCCUGUUUACUGUAGAUGUGCAAAACUAAAAUGUGUAGCAAGCCGCCUCUGGGGCCCUGCGGCUCAGGAGGCGGCCAAACUCAAUUUGGCGUGGAUUGAAUGGGAUUGUUGUUGUUUGGAGAGGUUAAAUGCAUAAAGAUUUCAUUUGUAAACAGAUUUGUGUCUUUGGUGUGCUUGUUGGAACUGACCUCUGAAUGCAGGAGCCUUCUGUGAAAAUCCAAUAAAGUUAAGUUCAAACCAGAA